CGGGACACCGGAAGACGUAAUUUAUGUUUUCUUCAAUGAGGAGCUCUUUUCGGUCGAUGACAAGAAGACAAAUUGAGCUGAGGUCCCCCAGCCGCGGCCAUGAAGAUCGCCAUCAUCGGCCAGAGUGCCUUCGCCAGCGACGUGUUCAAGCUGCUGCUCAAGAACGGGCACGACAUCGUGGCCGUCUUCACCAUCCCGGACAAGGCCGGCAGGGAGGACAUCCUCGCGACGACAGCGUCCGAGGCCGGCACCCGUGUCUUCAAGUUCCCCCGCUGGCGCCUGAAGGGCGUGGCCCUGCCCGAGGUCCUGGAGGCGUACCAGUCCGUGGGCGCCGAGCUGAACGUGAUGCCCUUCUGCAGCCAGUUCAUCCCGAUGGAGGUGAUCACAUGGCCCAAGCACCAGUCCAUCGUGUACCACCCGUCGCUGCUGCCUAGGCAUCGGGGGGCCUCCGCCAUCAACUGGACCCUGAUGGAAGGGGACACCACGGCAGGCCUGAGUGUCUUCUGGGCUGACGACGGCUUGGACACCGGUCCGCUGCUGCUGCAAAGACAGUGCCCCGUGGAACCCAACGACACCGUGGACACGCUCUAUAUGCGCUUCCUUUUCCCAGAGGGUGUCAAGGCCAUGGGAGAAGCCGUGGAAUUGAUUGCACAAGGAGUGGCACCGCGCACCGUGCAGCCCACAGAGGGCGCCACUUACGACGCCAUGCUCAACAAGCGUGAGCUCUGCAAG